AUGGAUCAACUUUUCAGGCUUUCAUUUCCAUACUACCAGGUCCCUAACUCCAGUGUACGGCUUAACAAAAUAUUUUUCACAAACAAUGACGAUUCAGAGACUAUAAGGACAUCUCUUCUGCAGCAGGAUAAGCUGGUAGAGGAGAUCUUGCAUCAGGGUUCAAAAGGUCAGGUGCCCGCAAGCUACAUCGAGAAUCUUGAGGAUGGUGAAAAGCAAAAGUACCCACUACUAAUCAAGGUCGAUCCGGAAUUGAACAAAUUCAAACUUCACGUAUCGAUCAAGCCAACCAGGGGGUUCCGUGAACGGAAUUUGUUGAUAGUCAAAUCUACUGGGAUUGAGAAAGUAUCUGCGAUGCGUGAGCUAACAAGCGACUCCACUGACUCAACUGUGGAUGUUUCAAAACUACUAUGCCAGAAUUUGCCCAUCGAAGACGGUGUAGAAGAAUUUCAAAAGUUGAUCAUCAACGACUCGUUUGACUCAACCACAAUAAAUGACAAAAAGGUCUCCGUGUCCUUAUGGGACCAUGACCCUGCUUCAGAUGAGUACAGCUAUUUGCUCCAUUUCAGUGUAUGGAUAGAUAAGCUCACACUCAAAGAAAGCACGGAAAGUGCAACCAACUUCUCGCAGGUGAAGUCAGCGCCCACCAGUUUUAGCUUGGGUGAUUUUAGGCGAGAGUUUUCCUUCAGUAUAGAGGAUGGACCUGAAUUUAGGAAACAUUUGAACAAAUUAGAAGAGACUGUACCGAAAAUGCGCGGCAACUACCUAUCAUUGAUUGAGGACUUUCGAAUAUUGGAGUCGAGUGUUCGGCGAGCAGCUAACUCCAAGAUGAAAAUCAUAGAUGGAGUCAACCGCUUAAUAAGUUCAAACUCACAUCUCAUCAAUGUGUUUGGAUUUAAGCGCGAGUUUCAGCGGUCGUUUCUCAAUUUGUUUGAACCAUUUGAGACAAAUAUCAAUUUCUUUUUUGGGCAUGUUUGUGAUAGUAAAACGCUUACUAAAAUUAUGGACACUAUACCUUUGCCACAAGUGGAAACUACCAGCCAAACGGAACUCCUGCAAAUAAAGAAACAAUUUGAAGCCGAGUCCAAGGAGUAUUACGCGUGGAUGAACAAAUAUUUGGCAAACGAAAAGGAAAGGCCAGAUUCAAAGCUCUUGUCCAAGAGGAAGAAAUUUGAAUUGUCGAAAUUUGACUACUUGAAUCAGCUUAGCAAAACUACCAACAAUCAAUACGCCAACAAUUUAGCUGAAAGACUUUUCAAGUUUGUGAACUUGCCUUAUAAUGAACUACACCCCCGAUUACUCAAUUUCGGAUUAUUUUCAGACAAUGCCAACUUUGAUCUAAUCCCAACAAAUUAUCAAAUAUACUUGUUUGCCUUGACCCGAUUCAAUAGCGAAAAGUAUCAAUUGAGACAGAAAAUUGAAGCAUGUCAAUCCAAUGAAGAGUUGACUACUUUGAUACGACACAAUAACUUAAACCAUACCCGCUCAAAAGCUACCAAUGAUUCCACAAACAAAGACAUUGAUGAGUUUAUGGUCACGAAGGAAAAUUUUGACCUAAUUUUUUCCGAUAUUCAUCCACCAAGCGAGUCUCACUCUAGUGAUACUGAAAUGUCUGGUAUUCUUUUUGCACUAAGUGGGCCAAAAAAUUCUGGCUGGCAUAAAGAAUGGGUUGUUCUUAAGAAUGGACAAGUGACGGAAUAUUCAGAUUGGCGGAAAGGAAAGUCACCCAUUAGUGAACCGGUUGAAAUUGCAUUGUCCAGUGUCAAAGCCGUGACUCAUUCCAAGAGACAAUAUUGUUUUGAGAUUUUGACUUCAUCUGGAGCAAAGCACGUAUUUCAAGCCUUUGAUAAUGAUGACCGGAAUAAAUGGGUCAAGGCGCUACAUAAUGCCGCACAGUUGGUGGAUACUGAAAGGUUGGAGAAAAGGUUUGGUGGUGGUGGUACCACCACCAUCCACAAAAAGGGUAGAAAGAACUUGGGCAAAGUAUUGAUUGAUUUCACUUCGAAACCAAUCAUUCCUGGAGACGGCUACGACAAAAGCGUAUCUCCUGUAUCUAUUAUCUCCAAAGACCCAUUGCCAGAAAAGUCUUACUUGCAUCUAGUGAGGUCCAUACCUGAUAGUGAUAACGACAAGUGUGUUGAUUGCAGACUGACAGAACUGGUGGAAUGGGUAUCCAUAAACUCAUUGAUUUGCAUGUGUGUCAACUGCGCUUCGUGCCAUCGUAACAUAGGGUCACACAUUAGCAAAGUGAGGUCUUUGACUCUUGACAAUUUCUCCAAUGAAAUGGAAAUGUUGUUGAGAUUUGUCAAUAAUCGUCUGGUGAAUGCGUUCAUGGAGGAGAACUUGUCGAGUCUUCGAAUAAGAGCGGACUCUGACCAUGAAACAAGGUUGCAUUUCAUUCGUGACAAGUACUACAGGAAAAAAUAUGCAGCAGUGUUGCCGGAUGUGAACAAUUUGUUGAUCAAAUCGAUACAACAAAUUCAGGUACAAGGGACUAUAAAGGCAAUUUUGUGUGGUGCUGAUGUAAACCUGAACAUUCAAAUAAAGUCUACAAAUCAAGAAGAGACGGUGGUGGUUUCGAUAUUUGAGUACAGCUUGCGAAAGUUUAUUGAAGUUAACACUGAUAAUGUUAGGAAAAAGUAUUUUGUUCUUUCAGAGCUUUUGGUGUUGAAUGGUUGCACCAACUUGGGUGAGUCUAAAGCACCGAAGGCGGACUCCGGGUUGUCACAAGAGGCUUGCGAUUACUGGAAUUUGAAAAAAACAGUUUUGAACGGAUCUUAG